CAAAAUAUUUUCUUGCAUAUUUUUUUUAAUCACAAACAAAUGGCUAAACUUUCAUCAACUUUGUGCUUGUUCCUCCUCCUUGUUUUUGUAGCAGGUAGCAGUGGGGCUCGCGACACAGCGGGUAGUAUCAAUGCAAAUGAGAUAGUACCAAAUGACCAAUGCUUAACAAAUUUGGGCGUAUGCAGUGACAAGCUUUGUGGCGAACAGUGCUGUGAGAAGAACUGUUUCGAUAAUUUCAAGGAGAAAAAUCCAUCUGGUGCUUGUGAGACCAUCCCUGGCUCUGCAUUGAGAGUUUGCAAUUGUCACCAUGAUUGUUAGAAGACAAAUAUAAAAAUAGUGGAUCCAAAGUUUUAAUUUGAUGUUUUAUUAGGAUAUAUGUCUAUGUAUACUUGUUUAAAGCUCAAUGAUAUGGAAAAGACUGUUGCUAAAUUUA